CUCCCCACAGCACUGCGAGUUCCGAAUGCGUGGGCACUACCACUGCCUCCGGAGUGGCUGCUACUUUGUGACCAACAUCACCACCAAGCUGCCAUGGCACAUAAAGAAGCAUGAGAAAGCUGAGCGGCGGGCAGCCAAUGGAUUCAAAUACUUCACCAAGCGCGAGGAGUGUGGCAGGCUAGGCUGCAAGUACAACCAGGUGAACAGCCACUUCCACUGCAUCCGGGAGGGCUGCCAGUUCUCCUUCCUCCUCAAGCACCAGAUGACGUCUCAUGCCCGGAAGCACAUGCGGAGGAUGCUGGGGAAGAACUUCGAUCGCGUGCCCCCCUCCCAGGGUCCCCAAAACCUGAUGGACACUGAGACAGAUGAGUACAUGGAUUACACGGGCUGCAGUCCAGGUGCUGUGUCCUCAGAGUCGUCCACUAUGGACCGGAGCUGCUCCAGUACCCCUGUGGGCAACGAGAGCACCGCGGCAGGCUGCCCGGCUCCUCCUCCUCUUCCUCCUCCUCCUCCUGCUGCCACUGGUGACGAGGCUGCCCACGGGGCUCCGCAGCCAGCACUGACGCCGUCCUUCCCACCGGUGCUGCGGCCGCCCCUUCCCUCCCUCCCAUGCCUCUUCUCUCCGUCCUGUCUCUCAUACUCUCUGCUCAGUGCCACUCUCGGAGCCAGCCGGGGCCUGGCCCACCCCAUCAGCACGCCCAGCUUCCCGUCUGUCACUGCCACUCCAACUCCAGUAAAAAGUGACGUCCCCCUAGUUCAGGACGCUGCAGGGAACACCAUCUCCAUGCCCACUGCCUCCGGAGCCAAAAAGCGCUUCUGGAUCAUCGAGGACAUGUCGCCGUUUGGCAAGCGGAGGAAGACGGCCUCUUCUCGCAAGAUGCUCGACGAGGGCAUGAUGCUGGAGGGCUUUCGGCGCUUUGACCUCUACGAGGACUGCAAGGACACAGCCUGCCAGUUCUCGCUCAAGGUCACGCACUACCACUGCACACGCGAGAACUGCGGCUACAAGUUCUGCGGACGCACGCACAUGUACAAGCACGCGCAGCACCACGACCGCGUGGACAACCUUGUGCUGGACGACUUCAAGCGCUUCAAGGCCUCGCUCAGCUGCCACUUUGCCGACUGCCCCUUCUCGGGCACCAGCACGCACUUCCACUGCCUGCGCUGCCGCUUCCGCUGCACAGACAGCACCAAGGUCACGGCGCACCGCAAGCACCACGGCAAGCAGGACGUGAUCAGCGCCGCGGGCUUCUGCCAGUUCAGCUCGAGCGCCGACUGCGCCGUGCCCGACUGCAAGUACAAGCUCAAGUGCUCGCACUUCCACUGCACCUCCCCUGGCUGCCGCCACACGGUCGUGGGCAUGUCGCAGAUGGACUCGCACAAGCGCAAGCACGAGAAGAGACCUGCCCGGGCUGGGAACGGCGCGUACCCGGAUCCGAUCCGGAUGCUGGCACGGCUCCUGCAGAGCCAGAAGGGGCUGAUUCCUGGGUCUAUAGCCACCAGCCCAGGGCCUGAGCUGCCAGCCCUGGUGCCCCCAUGGCUGGGCUCCCGAGCACAGGCCUCCCCGCUGCUCCCAGAGCUCAGGAUGCUGCGGCCAGGCCAGCCCCCAGCUCCAAGUGCAGGCUCUGCCCCGGAGGACAGAAAGAAGGACCCAGUCACCCCAGCAGACACUUGUGCCCACUCUGAGACUGUGUUCCACCCCUGGCCCGGGAGACAGGAGGGGAGCCUGCUGCUGCAGUGCGGUGUUCAAUGUUCCUACACCAAACCGGGGCAAAGUCGUCUGGAAACUCUUGGAAAGCACCAGAACCAGCUGCACAAGCUCAUGGCUGAGCUCAGGGGCCUGUCCGCAGACCCAGCCUGGCUGGGUGCUACCAAAACCAGUUUCGACACACAGCUGAAGAAACACCUGACUGAGGCAAGUGCUGAAGAUGGGCGGCUAGUGCAAGCUGAGGCCAAGAGCCUGUGCCCGCUCAAAGGGCUGGUCCCGCACUGCGUGGCUCCACCUGCAGUGGUGGCCACUGCCCAGGCACCUUCUACUUCAAAGCCACUACGUCUACAUAAGGCACGGACAUUCUAG